AUGGAAGAAAAACUGCAGCACAAUCAAAAGGAGGUUCUGUCCAGGCUCCACUUCUCUCCAGUACCGGUCUUUGCUCUGGGGAACUGGAUCCCCAGUGUUCUGUACUCCUGGGCCUGCACGGGUCACAACUGCGGCCUGGCCCAGGCGGUCUUCACCUCCCAGGGAUGGAGCAUGCCAGUGAUCGUCAAGCGACUGGACGCCAGAUACGAUUGGCUGACGGCGCGCUGGGGCCAGGGGUCGUAUCAGCUGAGGGAUGCGGGCGACGGAUGUGAUCCCUCGCCCUCGGUGGCGGGUUCUGUGGCCUGGCUGUCUGAGGGCAACUGCUCCUUCUUCACCAAGAUGCGAAACAUGGCUAAGUCCGACGCCUCGGGUGUCCUGGUCUACGUCCAGCCCGGUAGCCCCAUCCGGGAUAUGAACUGCGCCGGGGAUGAGUGUUUGUCUCCGCUGGGCCUCCCUGCCGCCAUGGUGCACCUGGAGCCUUCCGUCGCCCACGCGCUGCGGUUUGGCCGGGUCAACGUGUCUUUCCAGACCACGCCCUCCCCGAACUUCUUCAUGGGCAUCGACCAGCAGGGAGCGAUGGCCGAGAUGGGCUGGUUCCUCUACCCCACGUUCAGCUUUGUCAACUGGCAGGCACAGUGGUUUGACUUCUACUCCGAUCUGCUGAUGAAACUUGAGUCUCCUGCCACUGUUAUUCCGGUCUUUGACAAAGUCCAAAUGCAAGGGGACAAAGGAGCCGUGGCUGUGGUCAACCUCCCGUCAGACUUGUCGGACUUUGACAGGAUGGUGCUGGACACGUCCUUGUCGUGUCCCGGCAGGAGAGACUUGUCCUGCGCUCAGUGGGACCACACGGUGCAGCUCUUCGUGUGCUGCGACCACCUGGGACCUUUCUGCAACGUGGAGCUGGGCCGCUGGAUCACUGCUUUCAGAAGAGGUAUCGGCCGCUGGCAGACUGACGUCUCCCCCCUCAUUCCCGUCCUGGACGCCAACAAGUGCACCUUCACCAUGACGACGGUCCCGUGGGCGAUGCCGUGGAUCGUCUCCCUCAACCUGAGAUUCAGCGCCGCCAACCUCACAAGCAAUCACACGGAGAAGCUCCGCCCCUUCACGGUGAUGUCACUGUAUAGCGGCGGAACUUUCAACAGUACCUACAACAAGAUGUACCUGCCCAUCAAGUUCCCCGUGCCGGUCUUCACCAAGAAGGUGGAGCUGUACGCCGUCAUCACAGGACAUGGCAGCGACGAGAAUGGCUGCGGGGAGUUUUGUGUCACCUCCCAUCAUUUCCUGUUUAACGGCGUCCAUAACAACAGUCGCACAUUCGACUCUGCAGGAUCGGCGCUGGGCUGCGCUGAGCGAGUGAAAGAUGGCGCUGUGCCCAACGAGCACGGCACCUGGCUCUACGGGAGAGGCGGCUGGUGCGAUGGACUUCAGGUCGAUCCCUGGAGGGUCGACGUCACCCAGCAGUUGGAGCUGAGUGGCUUUGAAUCCAACACUGUGGUCUACUUUGGCUUGUUUGGCGGGAAGGAUCCAGACCCGUCUCAGCAGCCGGGUUACAUCAUCAUGUCCUCUUUUCUAGUCUUUUACAAAUGAUACUUGAUUAAACGUG